AUGACCACAAUAAGCGUGGACAGACUUCUUGCUUUGCUACUGGGUCUCAGAUACAGACAAGUCGUAACUUUGAAAAGAACACGUUUGAUCGCUAUUGGUGGUUGGAUUGUGUCCGUUGUCGCUGCAUCUACCUCCUUUCUGAAUCCUCUUAUAGGUUUAUUGUACCAAUAUAUUGUUAUAGCUUUUUGUUUAGUUACUACAAUCUGUGCCUACAUAAAAAUUUUCAUGUCUCUGCGUCAUAACCAAAUUCAUGGUCAGAACCAUAUUGUUCAAGGGCAAUCGAGCCAAGCAAAUACACUGAAUAAAGCUCGAUACAGAAAGGCAGUAUACAGUGCACUGUGGGUGCAGGUAACAUUGGUUAUUUGUUAUCUGCCGUACGGUAUAGCUGCAGCUUUAACACCUCAAAGGGGGAUACGUUUAUCUACUUACCUUGCUUUGCAAUUUACAGCUACUUUAGUGCUUUUAAACUCGUCGUUAAACCCGUUUCUGUACUGCUGGAAGAUCACAGAAGUGAGACAAGCUGUAAAAGAAACAUUACAAAAACUACACUUCUGUACCUGAAUUAAGACUUAGACUAAGAACAUUUACUAACGAACUUGAUAAGAAAAUAUAUAUAAGAAGGCCAGACAAAUGUCCUAGUCCGAAUUGCACCUUUAAGAUUGUUUUCUGUUUCAUUGCAGAUUGUAAAGACACAAACAAAAUCAUUUGUUUAUGUUAACAAGUUUAAUAAUCAUAAAACAAAAUGAAAAUAUCACUAAAACUAGUCAGUUAGCUAAUUAGUUCUCUGGUAAUGAAAAUACACUGCAUAAAUGACACCUGAUGAUAACCAUAAAAGCCACUAUGUUCAUAGUAUAAUCAAGUUUAACAAACGUCAUAAGUUCAGUUUGGUAAAACUAAUCUGGGCGCAAAAAUAUUACUUUUCCGAAUGCUUUUUCAAAAUCGAACAAUGUUUAUUGUGGGAUAAUGAGGGCCAGUACAUGAUGUAAUUUAAAUUUUAUGGCCAAUAAAUACACAUUAACAGUUUGCGAGCAUAGAAGGCUUAUGUUCCUGUAUGUUUUUAGAUAUAAAGAAAAGUGAACCCUUAUACUUCUGGUUUGCAGGUGACGUCACAGCGGCCAUCUUGGUCGUCAAGAACAAAAGCAUUUCUCUUGUCUGGGAAGUAACCUCUAUUUUCAUGUAAAUUCUUCGAGAAAACAAUUCUAUUGUACCUACCCCCAACAUUGCCACCUUGUCACGUGGUUGCAAACCAAGAAUACCCACAUGGUAACGUGAUAUCAGUGGAGGAGAAGGCGCUGUCAUCAGUCCCACUCGGGGGAUUGCUCAGAUGACUAACUAUUACCUACUGCUAUUAAUUGCCAUCGUAUCAAUUGUUUUAUCCAGUCUGUUGCGAGGUCGAAUUAUUGCAGGAAUUAGUAGCAAAAGCGAAGUACUUUCUCAGCUAAGAGCUAAAGAAGACUCAUAUACAGUGCUUAAAGGAUGGAACAUCACAACGGCCCUAGGGGAACGAAACCCCCACUUUUACAAAAAUGGGCCUUGGGUUCAUAUAACAGUUGAGUACGCCACCAGCACUGCUAACUUUUGUCCCCUCUCACUUUCAAAUUCGCCUCCUACAGGCCCGCAUGACAAGACAGCAUAUUUCGGGAAAAAAGCGGCGAGAAAACUGCUUCGAUUUGAAAGUUUGGCUGAGCUUGGUAAUUUGCAUUGCGCGUCACACAGAAAAACAGGAACACGUUGAUUUGGCCAAUUGAUUGUUUGGUGAAUCAUAAUAAAAACGUAUCUUCCGGGAGAAAUGGUAGUCUUUCGUUGUUUUCACUUUAUUUGUAAUUAAACUUUAAUUUGAAUAAUUAUUAUAGGUAAGUGCAUCAAUCUUAGCCAUCGGUAGCUGUCCGGCAAACUGAGAAAGUUUUACCUCGAAUUUUGGAUUGCUUACAACGUAAUUCAGUGUACUUUAUUAAAGAGAAGAAGAACAACAGUCAACAAGCUGCAAACUAAUCGAAAAACAGAUAGAGGUGCUAUGUACAAGUUGCUGUAAAUGGGGAAAGUAUAUAUACAUAAUAUAUUAUAAUAUAUAGUUUUACCUGGAUUUUUGAACUUGGUUUAGCAAAAAAAUCAACUCACUCUACUACUUGGCAAUUUAAAACAAUGAAAAAUCAUUAAAAAGGCCGAUUAAAAGCCUUUAUCUGACGCCGGGCAGUAAGUCAGUAGUGGUCCCUAGCAGUAUUUCAACGAGUCACAAUUUUAAUGAUGUCAAGUGAUUUCUGCACCGUUCUUUGAAGUUAGUCGGUUGCAGGCAAUUACCUUCAAGAGCGCCUUCCGGUUUCUUGACGGUAAUUGCCUCAGACAAAACGUGAUUUACCAAGCGACUGUAACGACUGGGACAACAACAGAAUCAUACAUUGGACUCAGUAGCCACUGACUUCAAAGAACAGUACAAAAAUCCCUUGACAUCCUUCCGACACGCGAACAGAAGAAACGAGAGGGAACUGUUCAAACAGGUGUGGACCCUCAAAGAUGCCAACAGAUCCUUUCACGUGCAGCGGAAAGUACUCAGUAAUUGUAAACCAUAUGACAAGGCUAACAAAAAUUGUAAUCUUUGCCUCCAAGAAAAAAUUUUUAUCAUUUGUAAAAAACACUUAUGUACUCUGAACAAAAGAAACGAAUUAGCAAGUUCAUGCCCCUACAGAAACAGAUUCACUCUCGGAAAUUUUAGAAUACAUACGCAAUGCAGCGAAACCGCACGGAUCCCGAAAAACCCAUUGGGGAACCUCUAUAUCUCCGUGUCGACUUUUUGUCUAUUUACAAAGUUUUAUAAUCACUCUGCGUCUGCCUCGUCACCAGCCGCUCGCAAUCUCAUAUUCAGAAAUUUUUAAGUUCAGAGGUCUACCCAUUAUCCUUAAGCUUCACUCGCUGUUCUACACUCGUUUCCCACACCCCACAUUGAACUCCACCCUCCUCACUUAGCUUUGGAAAAGAAACACGUUUCACGCCCAAAAAUUCUCAGAAGCAGUCUUAUAAUUGCUUUCUCCGCAGUAGUUGCAUCUUGUUCCACAAAACUUGGCGGAGUUGCUUGACGGCACCCCAGUGUAAACUGUAGAACUAAAAAGAUGCCCUUCAGCGUGACUUCAGGGUGAAUCUGUUUUCAGGAGGUCUGGAUGGGUUAACUGACAACUAACGAAUAGCCAAGAUAUCAACUGACAAAAAAAAUUCCUUCAAUAAUUACAUUAAUUGAUUUUGGUUAACGAAUUACGCGUCAUCAUAAGUGACGUCAUGAAAGGUUUAUCUGAAGGCUCGCUGCACGAAUCAGUUCGUCAAAAGCUCAAUUCGAAGAGCAAGCACAAUACCCAGUCCUCCCUCCCGCGGGGAGUCUUUUGAUUCAGUUACGACGUCAUUCGCUACUCGGUCUACUUGUUGUCGAAUCGGACUCAAUAAACUUGUUGCCCAAACUUCUUGUUAAGUGGUCUUUGGGAACACGUGAUUGCCUAAAAUUUAACCAACAACUGACAUUUACCUUGGGUUUUACUGUCAAGUGACAAAGGACCUGAUUGUCUUUUAUUACUGUCGCAUGCGUAAGCAGUGAGACUCAGAGAGCCGAUUAUUUAAACGAAGACUAAGUUAACCAGUGUUUAGGGCUGAGCCGCGGCUUAGGCGUUGUCUCGAUAAACAACGGCUAAACGAUGCUUAAUUAACAAUUAAUGAAUGAGGCUGAGUAUCUUAUGAAGAAUUAUGUUAUCGGCGGAUAACACCCUCUGAGAUCUCCAUAAUUCGUCGUAUGAUACGAAAGCCGAAUUCAAUAAUUGUUUUAUUAUUCAUUAAAAAUUCAUUUAAAAAAAAAAGCUAAAACAUGUUUACCUCCACCGAUGUUAAGUUCACCUUCGACAGUGCACGUUUAGGGUUUUUCAACUCCGCAAAUAUUCUCCAAAUAGCAUAUGUCGCCCUUCCAGUUGUGUUCUUGCCAUGUUUUUAGCUAUAACUUCGCCUAGUUCUUACUCUUGAAACGAGUGAAAUGUCCGCCAUUUUUUGUUUUCACAACCAAAACAACUCAACCUCGUCCCCAGGUCUUCUCGGUAACGGUGCAUUAACCUGCAAGAACGCUGCAUUUUUGACGUCAUUUCCUCGUCAAACACAAAAUUCUUCCAAAUUUGGCCAUCACUAACUGGUUAUGGUGAAUUAUGCGUGUGCUUUUAGCCAAUCAGAAUCGGGGAAACAAAGUCAUAACAGGCCAGAGCCCCGAUUUUAAUGCGCGCAGGAGGAGGCCUAAUCUCCACAGCAACCACCGCAGAUCGGUUUCCAAUAACAGACAAGCGUUACUUUCGUAAUUAGUUUUAAGCAUUCCUCCAGACACCUUUGGAGAGCGCCGGACAUGUUGCCUGUCAAGGAACUUUGUACUUCUGAUUAAAUGAACCAGACAUCUCAAGGAAACGCGAAAUUUGAUCAGACUAUUUGGGAUUAUAAAUUCAUUUCACGGUCGAAGUCGAUCUUCACGGCUGGCUUCGCAAUUGAUAACUACAGUUUUCUCGCCGCAUUUGGAUUCAAAUAGGCUUGAUACGCUUUCAGUGGCUUUUCAAGUGCUCUCUUUUAAGAAAGUAGUGCUUCCUUGGCUUAUUUAACUUCUUUCAAGAGUAGUAUGCCGUGUCAACAUUGGUGACCUUCGAAGCGAAAACGGCGAGUCGGCGUAUCAAGUUUUUACUGUGGAGCCACAAGUAGGAAUACACUCUCUGCUGGCACAUCUUUCUCCGGUUUGGAAGGAACUCUGCGUGGAAAAGACCCUGACCAAAGAAAUUUUUAAAUCUUCUCUAUUUGAACGUUUGAGAAAAGCCGUCAACAAUGCACAUUUUAUAGUCGCCGGUGUAAACGAAUGCGAGAGCUCGAGCUCUACUUCACAUCUCCUUGAGGAACAGCAAGACCGAUUAUCUGAUUCAAUGGACGACCUUUUUGAUCAAACGGCGAAGGAUUCAAGUCUUUUUUCUCUGGCUUAAGACGAUGUAAGCGUCGGUGUGCCUCCAGUGACAAAUCACUCUCCAAAAAUCCCGCCAAGCACUGUCGAAAUCCCGCCAAAAUCUUAUUCGCUGGCAGGAGCCCAAGACGCUGGAUUACUCCAGAUAUUCUAGCUUCCACUUCAACAUCUUCGCGUUCGCUUGGGCUAUCUGUAUAAUCAACGCCACAGAUACAGUAUGGUUUCUAUAUCAGUCAUUUUAGCCUCCUUGAAAUGUCAAUCAUAAUUCAAAAAUUAUUAUUACAGGUUACCUUUGUAUUGUUACUUGUUUUUUACUUAAUAGGCCAAAUUAUAGGGCUACCCUCUCCCUCAGAGCUUACAGGCGGCGCGCCCAAGAUUUUGAGGUGAAGGUAGUCUGUCUUUUGAAAUGUCCGUCAUAAUCCAAAUAAUGUUUGUAGGUGAUUUUUCUGGUGUCAUUUGUUUCUGAAAUAGGCCAAAUUAUGGGGCUACCCUCUCCCUCAGAGCUUACAGGCGGCGCGCCCAAGAUUCUGAGGUGAUGGUAGUCUCUCUUUUGAAAUGUCGGUCAUUAUCCAAAUUAUUAUUGUAGGUCAUCUUUGUACUGUCAUUUGUUUCGAAAUAGGCCAAAUUAUGGGCCUACCCUCUUCCUCAGAGCUUACAGGCGGCGCGCCCAAGAUUCUGAGGUGAUGGUAGUCUCUCUUUUAAAAUGUCGGUCAUUUAUCCAAAUUAUUAUUGUAGGUAAUUUUUGUAGUGUCAUUUAUUUUUGAAAUAGGCCAAAUUAAUUAUGGGGCUACCCUCUCCCUAAGAGCUUACAGGCGGCGCGCUCAAGAUUCUGAGGUGAAGGUAGUCUCUCUUUUGAAAUGUCGGUCAUUAUCCAAGUUAUUAUUGUAGGUCAUCUUUGUACUGUCAUUUGUUUCGAAAUAGGCCAAAUUAUGGGGCUACCCUCUCCCUCAGAGCUUACAGGCGGCGCGCCCAAGAUUCUGAGGUGAUGGUAGUCUCUCUUUUGAAAUGUCGAUCAUUAUCCAAAUUAUCAUUGUAGGUCAUCUUUGUACUGUCAUUUGUUUCGAAGUAGGCCAAAUUAUGGCGCUACCCUCUCCCUCAGAGCUUACAGGCGGCGCGCCCAAGAUUCUGAGGUGAUGGUAGUCUCUCUUUUGAAAUGUCGGUAAUUAUCCAAAUUAUUAUUGUAGGUCAUCUUUGUACUGUCAUUUGUUUCUGAAAUAGGCCAAAUUAUGUCAUUAUCCAAAUUAUUAUUGUAGGUCAUCUUUGUACUGUCAAUUGUUUCGAAGUAGGCCAAAUUAUGGCGCUACCCUCUCCCUCAGAGCUUACAGGCGGCGCGCCCAAGAUUCUGAGGUGAUGGUAGUCUCUCUUUUGAAAUGUCGGUCAUUAUCCAAAUUAUUAUUGUAGGUCAUCUUUGUAUUGUCAUUUGUUUCUGAAAUAAGCCAAAUUAUGGGGCUUCCCUCUCCCUUAGAGCUUACAGGCGGCACGCUCAAGUUUCUGAGGUGAUGGUAGUCUCUCUUUUGAAAUGUCGGUCAUUAUCCAAAUUAUUAUAGUAGGUUAUUUUUGUAUUGUCAUUUGUUUCUGAAAUAGGCCAAAUUAUGGGGCUUCCCUCUCCCUGAGAGCUUACAGGCGGCGCGCCCAAGAUUCUGAGGUGAUGGUAGUCUCUCUUUUGAAAUGUUGGUCAUUUAUCCAAAUUAUUAUUGUAGGUAAUUUUUGUAGUGUCAUUUAUUUUUGAAAUAGGCUAAAUUAAUUAUGGGGCUACCCUCUCCCUCAGAGCUUACAGGCGGCGCGCCCAAGUUUCUGAGGUGAUGGUAGUCUCCCUUUUGAAAUUAUAAUUGUAGGUUAUUUUUGUAGUGUCAAUUUUUUUUUGAAAUAGGCCAAAUAAUGGGGCUCCCCUCUCCCUCAGAGCUUACAGGCGGCGCGCCCAAGAUUCUGAGGUGAGGGUUGUCUCUCUUUUAAACUGUCAGUCGUCAACCAUAGUAUUAUUGAAUUUUCAUUUACCAGAGUUCAUAGUGGUACCUUCUUUAUAGUUUUACGUGAUUUGUGGCAAAGACAAGACCAGGCUAACAAAUUUAUUCUAGUUUUUGCGUGGUGCGACAAUCACCGUGGCUGACUGGCCUCCAAAGUUCUUUUAUAAUUUGGACGCUUCUCAGGACUUUCUUCACUGCUUGUAAUCCAGAAUCGGCGAUUCUCAGGAGCUUGAAGCUCUUGCAUUGCAUCAGUUGUUCCUUGGACGGCGACCUUUUCUUGUCCCGAGUACAAUAUCGAUUCUCAAUUCUCGACUCUCGAUUACCGUAUCUUGCUCGUGCAAGGUUUCGGCAACGGGACCAGUACUAACACCAUUGCAGGAAAACUGUUUGGUAGAAGAAGAGUAAAAUGGUGGCUUCGGCGCGUUACCUGUCCGAUGCUCGGUAUAUCACUGCCAAACUGCGCAACAGAAUGAACGAAAAACCCCUCCGGUAAAAAAAACCUGAGCGAUAUAAUUUAGUAACUUAUUCAUGGUGUUCAGCUUCCGGUUUAUUCAGCUUAUUGCCAGUUGUAGGCAAAGUUCACGCGCACAUUAUCGCACUCUAACUGGGUUGAUUGUGAGGAAACUCUUAUGUCAGUCAUUGACUAAAUCCCCCCCCCCGCGUUAAGCCUUUGUGCGACGGACGUCCCUUAGAAAUAUAAAUUGCCCACACUGAUCGCCAAUUCUACUUGCAAAGUGUUGCGGAUUGAGUUGUGUAAUGUAUUCUAGAGUGUAAAUUUAGUACUAACCUCGCAGACAAGGAUGCAAUGAGACAUUUAUUUGCGUAGUUAGGCCUACUAACCAUUGGGCAAGCAUCCCUUUUAUUUUCUUUCGAUAGCCUGUCCAUGCACUAACCUUUGGAUACAGAAACUAGCUGCCUCUCGCUGUACCAAAACUUGAUAGUUUUGGCGUUCAAUAUUCUUAACGGGUGCUCACAAAACACCGGGACUGCAUCGUGCGCCUUUGGCGCUUUGGUACCCUGCAAGUUUUGGUUCAUCGCGUUUUGAAAGAUGGAAAUUUUGAUAUUCCCGCGUAAAAGAAGACCGAUAAAACGUGUCUUUCAUUGACUACAGUGAAACGCCCGGAAAUGAAGAAUGUUUUGAAAGAAACGGGAAAACUGAUAAAGUAAAUAUUUGUUUUGAUAAGUGAAAUUAAUGAGCAAUAACCAUAAACUAGUUUUGUUGUUUUGUUUUUUAAAAGCGGUUUGACUGGUACCAGAUUUGUACAAUUACUUUCAAUCAAACAUGGAUCGGGUUUUGUUAAUUAUGACAGAAUGUAAUUAAAAAGCAUUAUGUUGACAGCUACAAGGCACAUGCUUGCCUUAAGCUGCGAGUAUCCCGCCAUGUUUUAAACAAAAGGCCUCUAACCAAGCCGGCACUCUAAUCCGCCACAAAUAUGUGAAGCACGCGUCUUUCAAAGUCGCCUAGUACCUAAAAUCGGGGCUCUGGCCUGUUAUGAAAUUCCGAAAAUAAGCCCCGAGGUUUAUAUUUUUCAAAGGCCCUUUUUGAGGGGCUUAAUUUUGGAGGGUCUUAUAUUCGGAGGGGCUUAUCUACGGAGGGAAAUUUGCUUUUCAAAAUCGAUUGGGCUAGCCAUACAGUUGGAAGUAAAUUUACCGUUUUUGCUUUGUUUUACUUUGUAUUUGAGGACAAUUUUCCAAGUACAAUCCCCCGGGGGUCUUAUAUUUGGAGGGGCAAUUUAACGGAGGGUUUUUUGCGUUACCGGUUUGGGGGCUUAUAUUUGGAGGAGCUUAUACAUGGAGGGGCUUAUUUUCGGAAUUUUACGGUAUUUUGAAUGAAUAAUAAAACACAUUAUUAAAACACGACUGAACUGUGUCCUUUCAAGUCAAUGGCUAAACCGUGUCUCACGAGGAAAUGCAUUGUCUGCGGAGUUAUUUCGUAUGCACAUUUCCAGAUAGUGGUUGUGUCUCUGCAAUAUGGCUUCUAAACCAAGUCGCACAACAAAUUUCAACGAACAAGAAAAACUUUUAUUGGCCGAAUUGGGUAGAGACUUUCCAGAAGUGGAAAGUAAAGGCUAUGACAGAACAAAACGUUGGCAAAAAAGACAAAGGCAUGGGAGCAAAUUUUAACUAAGUUUAAAUCCCAAAAUCUUAACGGUAUCAAAAGAGACCUCGGUCAGCUUCAAGGAUGAUGGAGGCGCCUGAAAUUCCAGUCCAAAAAGGAACACGACUUACAUCGUCGUGAAGCAAGAAAAACCGGCAUGCAUCAAAUCGGGUUGUUUAGCCCGGCGUCCGUUGUGCCACAAAGUAAAUCUACUGAGUUGUGUAGCUAGGCGCCCGUAGUGCCACAGAGUAAAUCUACCGAGUUGUGUAGCUCGGCGGCCCUUAUUCAACAAAGUAAAUCUACCGAGAUGUGAAGCUCGCCGGCGACUUUUCAUCAGUGGACUCAAUUCUGUGAUAUAUAUUAUUUACAUUUUAUUACCUUGUUUUUGCAUUAUAUUUCCUCGUUUUUGCCGUGUGUUUAAUAAAACUGCAUUGCUCUCAGGCAAUAUUUAAGAAUUUUUUUUCAUGUCUAUUAUUAUGAUGAAAAACAGGUUGCAUUCAAAUAAUUCCCUCAGCUCUAAAACUGUUUCAGUUUCAGUUUAGUUUCAAUGUAUUUUUUCCCAGAAAAAAAAAUACAUAUGCAUACAGACAUUCAAUAUAUUACAAAAAUGUUAUUUAAAGACUAAAGAGAAGUAAAUUGUAAGUAAAAGAAUUAAACAAAAUUUUUCUGGCGAGGAAGCUCAAAUGGAAACCUUGGGGCUUAUUAUAUGAGCUCCCUCCCUAAACUAAGACUAAACAUAAUGAAUAAAUAAACGGCAAAAUCAUACUGAAAUAUAAUUAGGAUAAAAAGCAAGCGAAACAAAACAGACAAAAUGCAGCAAAAAAACAAGUAUUAUUUACAAACAGUUAAUCAACUAAGAAGAAAUGUUUUUAACCUGGAUUUAAAAAGAGAAAUAGUAGCAGCAAAAACGAACGUAAAGCAUUUUUCUCUUUAAUUCUCAUCUCGUAAGUAUGGUACAAACUGACCCAGACAUAAUUUAGCUGACAAUUAGUAGUACAUUAAUUAUUUACUGACCCUAUAUGAGCGCGUCAGUUAAACCUCUGGCAAUUGAUUAAACUCGGCCUUUUUUAAUCAAUUUGAAUCUUUGUUCUACAGAUGUAUCGAUCAAGAAUCGGUUAAUAAACUUUGUAUCAUUGAACAUGACGUUUAGCUCGUUUUCUAAAAACAAGACAAUUGUGCUAUUUGUUUUGCCAAUUGCACAGCAGCAACAAGAUUGCCAAUAACUCUGUCGUUUAAUAAAAUGAAAAUACAGCCUACAUAUCUAACUUUGUGUUUGACAUGAUGAAGCUAUCACAUAAGGAAAACAGAUAUAUUAAAAAAAGGUUCUCUUGAACGUAGUUGCUUCGGAGAAAAGUCAUGGUAAUGACAAACUAUCAAACAAUUAGACAACUGAAUUGCUCUGCAAAAUUCACUGGAGAGUCGAGGAGAAGUACAUGGCAGCUAAUUUUUCUCUAAGACAAAAGAGGAUAGCUAAGUAUGAUGGUGAAUGAUGGAGCAAGUUCCAUGAUAAUAUUUUGGGUUCACUAUACUCAAUCGAAAUGAACGUCACCAUGGCGUUUUUAAUUCUAAAUAUUUUACCUUUCAUGCAACAGAUCCGAAUUGGACGCGCCGGGAGACGAUGUGAACGGGGGAAAUAAAUUUAAAAAACAAUUUAAAUGAAUAUAUAUUCUUGACGUAGUGAAAUGGCAAUUUAAGCAAUUGCAAAUAAACCGCUCAAAAUGUUAAAUUUAUAGCCCACAAAGUUUGACAUGUUUGGGGAUAUACUCGGUUAAGACUUCCACUUCUAAAGAAAAUGUGGCCAAUUUAGUGCUGGUAUCCAUGUGAACGUCAGUUAGAGUUGAAGAAAAACGGCACAAGCAAUUUGAAGCUACAAAAUACAGAAACACUUUAACAUAAGCCCCACCAGUAACAGGCUCGCCAAUAUAAACUCGAUCCUCUCUCACUUGCAUUGAAAUGAAAAUGAUUUAUUAUGAUAUUUUGAAGCUUUUACCCGUAACUGCAAAACAUAUUUAAAUCAGCACUGCGUUAGCUUGUUUCGAACAGCUUUUUCCAAUUCCGUUAUAAUCCCUCUCGGAUUUAAGCCCCUCCGUUUAAUUUAUCAAGAGCCCUUCUAAAAACCCUUGCAAAGAUGUAUAAUCCCAGGGCUUUUAAGCAGCAGUUUACGGCACUGCAUAUCAUAUGUUCGGCUCACAAACUUAACACCUCCGUUAGCAAAAUUUUCUCGUUCUUUCUCUCACUAUGUUUGCUAAAACUGCUGAUUGCUCUCAGCUAAUCCUCGAAUUCAAUUUUUUUUCAUGAUUUUUAUAUGAUAAAAACAGGUUACAUUCUAAUUUCCUAAGCUCAAACGAACGUUUUAUUUUCUUUAAUUCCCACCUCGUAAAUGGUCCAGACUUUCGAGCCCAUUAUUUGAACAUUUGGAGAUUGUUACUGAGACCUCACUGCCUGCGAUGACAUUGAGAGCGCGUCAGUUUAACUUCUAGCAAUUGACGAAAACCGUUUUUUACUCAAUUUGAAUAUAUGCUUAACACUGAGAAAUAUCGAUCAAGACUUGGUUAAUAGACUUUUAUUACUAACAGUUUAACUCGUUUUCUAAGAGCCAGGCAAUUGUGCUUAUUUGCUCGCUAAUCGCACGGCAACACAAAGGCAACACCAACAUUGUCAAAUUUCAUCGUUUAAUAAACUGAAAAUAAAGAGCAAAUAUUUAAUUGUUUGCUGAGAAGGUGCAUGUAGCAGUCAUGUAAGGAGGACGGAUAUAUUAAAAAAGAGUUCAGUUGACUGUAGCCGCAUCGCAGAAAAGUCGUGGAAAUGGAAAAUUUUACCGGAGGUGAAAACCUGCAAACAGUUGCAGAACGUUUGUGCUCUGCGGAACUUACUGGAGAGGUACAUAGCGAGCUCAUUUUUCUCUCUGUCGUUAACACUUGUUUGUCCAUUACAGCAUCUUUAGGGAACGCUCUGAUCUUAGUUGCCCUUUACAAGGACACAUCAAUUCAUCCGCCAUCCAAACUCCUGUAUUGUAGCCUAGCGAUAACUGAUCUUUGUGUUGGUAUCAUUGUCGAGCCCCUGAAUGUUGCUCAUUGGACAUCUGUGGUGAACAAAAGAUGGGAUAUUUGCUAUUACACAUAUUUGACAGCAUAUACCCCAAGUGUUACUUUGUGUUCAGUGUCGUUGGUAACAUUGACUGCAAUAAGCGUAGACAGACUUCUCGCUUUGCUACUGGGUCUCAGAUACAGACAAGUUGUAACUUUGAAAAGAACGCGUUUAGUUGCUAUUGGUGGUUGGAUCGUGUCUAUUGUCGGUUCAUCUAUCUCCUUUCUGAAACCUCUUAUAGAUUCUUUGUACCAAUAUAUUGGCGCACCUUUUUGGUUAGUUACUACAAUCUGUGCCUACACAAAAAUUUUCAUGUCUCUGCGUCAUAACCAAAUUCAUGGUCAGAACCAUGUUCCUCAAUCGAGCGAAGUAAAUACACUGAAUAAAGCUCGAUACAGAAAGGCAGUGUACAGUGCACUGUGGGUGCAGGUAACAUUGGUUAUUUGUUAUCUUCCGUACGGUAUAGCCGUAGCUUUAACAAUUCAAAGGGGAAUGUCUUUAUCUACUUACCUUGCUUUGCAAUUUAGAGCUACUAUAGUGUGUUUAAACUCGUCGUUAAAUCCGUUGCUGUACUGCUGGAAGAUCACAGGAGUGAGACAAGCUGUAAAAGAAACAUUACAACUACACUUCUGUAUUAACUAA